AUGGAUUUCUUGAAUUUCUCCGGGGUGGUGGACGAGUGGAAUACCACAUACACCAACUCCUCGGCUACCGGGAACAGUGAGUACUCUCUCCUCUCCAUAACCGGACUGACCGUAGUCGUUGGCUUUCUCAUCCUGUUUACCAUUGUGGGCAACGUUCUGGUGGUCAUCGCCGUUUUGACCAGCCGCGCUCUCAAACCGCCACAGAAUCUGUUUCUGGUGUCCCUCGCCAGCGCGGACAUCCUAGUGGCUACUCUGGUCAUGCCCUUCUCUUUAGCUAACGAACUCAUGGGCUACUGGUUCUUCGGGAAAGUUUGGUGCGACAUCUACUUGGCGUUGGACGUCCUCUUUUGUACGUCGUCUAUAGUUCACCUGUGCGCUAUCAGUCUCGAUCGUUACUGGUCGAUCACCCAGGCGAUAGAAUACAACCAGAAGCGGACACCUAAACGGCUGAACGGGAUGAUCGUGGUGGUGUGGCUGAUCGCGGCCGUUAUUUCCUUUCCGCCGUUGAUCUCCAUGGACAGGAGCAGCGGUGGGGGGAUCAGUCCUCAGUGUCGGCUGAACGAUGAGACCUGGUAUAUUCUCUACUCCAGCAUAGGAUCCUUCUUCGCUCCCUGCGUUAUCAUGAUACUAGUGUACAUCAGGAUCUACCAGGUUGCUAAGACGCGGACGCGGACCAUGUCGGAGAAGAAGAGAGAGGUGGAGGACAACGGAACUGCCCCGUUAGACGUUAACGGGUUGGAGCAGGGGGGGGUUGCCCGGGAGAACGGGCACUGCCAGCGGCAGCAGAAGACACCGGUACCGCCGGGGCUGUUACCCAACGAGCCCAAAUUAACCCCAGACCCCGACGAUGGAGACGACUUUGACGACAGCAGCUCGUCAGACGAAAAACCCACAUCCGCCAAAAAACAUUCCCAUUCCUCUUCCUCUUCCCAUCAGCAUCACCACCAUCACCACCACCAUCACCAUGACGACAAGAAGGAUUCCAAACCUUCCGAGAGAAGGAAGUCCACAGGAAGCAGGAAGAGCAGCUUGGCUUCGUCCAAAUGCUCAGAGAGCAAGAAGUCGCGCGCCAGCUCGAAGUCCAUUGAGCUGUUUUCGUCCCGUAGGAAGCGGCGGAGCACCGUAAACAGGACGAAAAUAACAGCAGCGAGGGAGAAGAGGUUUACCUUCGUCUUGGCGGUGGUGAUGGGCGUCUUCGUGAUCUGCUGGUUCCCCUUCUUCUUCAGCUACAGCCUGUACGGAGUGUGCCGGGCGCCCUGUGAGAUCCCCGAGUCUCUUUUCAAGUUCUUCUUCUGGAUAGGCUAUGUCAACAGCUCCCUCAACCCCGUCAUCUACACCAUCUUCAACCAGGACUUCAGACGAGCCUUCCAGAAGAUUCUAGUCUGCAAGUCAGGGAAGAGGUCUUUCUGA